GUUCAACUAUUUCUCAUGACUUAUCUAUUGACAAUAUGAGUAAUAUUGAUUCAAGUGAUACUCAAACUAGACUAACAGACGACCAAACUGUCCAAACUUCAGCUGACAGUAGCAAACCAACGAAAAGUGAUCAUGCCAAGCAAACAUCAAUGGAUGCAUUCACCUUUAAGUCUAUGCCAAAAUGUGCAAAAUUAAAACUGGACAAAGCUCUAGCAUAUUUUAUAUCUUUAGAUAUGAUGCCAUAUAGCAUUGUGGAAAAAGAAGGAUUUAAAUUGUUCACAAAAGCGUUAAAUCAGAGUUAUCAAUUACCAAGCAGAAGUACUCUUACUAAUAAAAGAAUUCCAGAUUUAUUUAAGGAGACAAAGUUAAAGAUUGAGCGAAUAUUAUCAGAAGUUCCGUUUUUAUCAAUAACUACAGAUUGUUGGACUUCUGUUGCCAAUAAACCAUUCAUAGCAAUCACUUGCCACUUUUUGGACAAAUAUUGUAACCUAGGCAGUGUUUGUCUGGGAUGUGAAGAGCUUAGUGAAAGUCACACAGGGGAAAAUAUCUCAGAUGUCUUACAAGUUAUUUUGAUGGAAUACAAUUUUAAAUUUGACGAAGGAAUAUCUAUUAGUGCUGCUACAACGGAUUCGGGAGCGAAUAUCAUUAAAGCUAUUAACAAUUUAAUGGUACCCCAUGUGCCUUGUUUCGGUCAUAGCUUCAACACAUCCGUCCAAAAAGUGUUUUCAUUAGAAGAAAUAAAACCUAUCAUAGAAAAAGUGAAAAAAAUACAAAAUAUAUUUGCUUAUAGCUGGAUGGCUGCCAAAGAUUUGGGUAUCGAACAAGAAAGGUAUGGAUUCAAGUUAACUAAAUUCCCUUCUUUUUCAAAGACAAGGUGGUGGUCAAUGCUAGAUGUUUUGGAUGUGGUUAUAUCUCAAGAGCUUCCACUUUCAUCAUUUCUGAGAACACACAAAAAAGGUGUACAUAAAGAAAAAAUGCUAACAGAAGAUGAAAUGAGAAUAAUAAAAAAUAUCUUGUUAGUAUUGAAACCGAUACGGAUAAUAUCUGAUAAUUUAUCUGCAGAAUCAUAUGUAACAGCAUCUGCGAUUCUUCCUGUGGUAAAUAUGUUGGAAAAUAAAGUUCAAAACCAAGAGUUACCAACUGACACUGAUAAUUAUUUUGACCCCCUAUUAAAAGAUCUAAUUUUUAAAACAAUUAUCGAUGUACUUCAUGCUCGGUAUAACAAUUCAAUUAUAUUACAAUUUUGUACUGCUUUGGAUCCAAGAUUUAAAUUAGACCAGUUUCAUUUUGAUGAAUCAGAGGACAUUUUAUUCAAAGAUGCAUUACAAGCAGAAUGUCUCCGCAACUGGAUAUAUUGGCAAUCCAAAUCUGAUUCAUCAUCAUCUAAUACAAUAGUACAUCAAAAUAAAAAACCCAAAGGAUUAUCACUUUCCGCUAUUUUCAACUCUGGAUUUGGCUCCGAAACAGUUAAUAUGGACCAAUUACAAGGCUCAAAUUCUGAACCUGUAGUGCACAUUUCAAAAGAAAUUAGUUCUUAUUUUCAACUUCCUAAAAUAGCAUAUGAACAAGAUCCAAUUGGGUGGUGGUCAUUAAAUAGUAGUAUGUUUCCUAUUCUUGCAGUGACUGCUAAAAAAUUAUUAAGUGUGCAAGCUACCAGCGUAGCAUCAGAAAGAGUAUUUAGUCGUGCUGGGAAUAUAAUAACAGAUACUAGGGCAUCAUUGACUGAUGAUCAUUGUAGUCAACUUAUAUUUUUGUCUAUGAACAAAAAAUAUGUAAGCAACCCACUCUAA